CAAGGGAGGUGCUGAAAGGGAAGGUCGCUGGCUAUGGCUGGCCGUGAAGGACGGCUACCCGUGACCCUCUCACUCCCAACCAGUUUGAGGCUGUAGCGCCACGCGGCCACCCUAACCAUUCUUCCUUCCAUGGAUCUUCACCCAGUGCUUCGUUAGAUAUUCAGUCCACCUUCCCAUUUGGAUUCCGUGGUGGUAAUGUAGACUCGGAAUUGAGAGUAGAGCAGGGAAGCGUCGAGAUUGUUCUCGGGAUUCCGUUGCGGGACUCGUCUGGUGGAAGUAAGUCUGGGUUGUGUUUACUAGGAACUCGGCAUCGUAGCACACCGUGGCACAGGGUUAUCGAGCAGGGACGAGCGGGCAGCAUAUCAUUGCUAUCUACCGCCUGAAGCGCGUGCAUGCGAGACGGCAGCAUUGCGUUGUCUCUACGGAACUAGGGGGUUGGGAGUGCGAAGGAGCUAGGGAGAGCGAAGGAGCUAGGGAGAGUCAAGGGUGGAGGGAUCGUCCCUUAGAAUUCCAUCAACAUGCUCGCUGUACCAGCCUGUCACGGUCGCUCCUCUCCCGCCGCUACUCAUGCAUCUCUACAAUCUUCGAGUCAGGUCGAAGGCAGGGGUAUAACGUCAUCGGACGUGUUAGGUUGGCAGCGAUUGACUCUGAAAAGGUCCAUGUGGGGAGUUGGAGGGCUCUCGCGAAGCUUGAACUUCAAGUCUAGCUCACCUCCCACAGUUAGGGCAACUAGCAUAAAAACAGAGAAGACAGAAAAGCCGGAUAAGCCAGCAAAGUCAGCUGAGCCGGCUGAGCCGGCUCAGCUGGCUGGCUGGAAGGACUUAAAUGGGAUGGAGAAGUUGGGUGUAGUGGAAGUGGACCCUAUGCUCGCCCCUCAUCAAAAUCAUCUCCGAUACCGUUAUCGUGAAUUCUUGAAACGAAAGAUGGAAAUUGAGAAGGUUGAGGGGAGUUUGGAGAAUUUUGCCAAAGGUUAUGAUAAGUUUGGAUUUACUCGUGAUGGGGACUGCAUCGUGUACCAAGAAUGGGCUCCUGCAGCAGCGGCUGCUCAAUUGAUUGGUGACUUCAACAACUGGGAUGGAAGUAAUCACAAGAUGGAAAGGGACGAGUUUGGUGUCUGGUCUAUCAGGUUGCCUGAUGAGGAUGGUGUUCCUGCCAUCCCUCAUGGUUCCAAAGUUAAGUUCAGAAUGCAGAAAGGCGAUGGUACUUGGGUGGAUCGUAUUCCAGCUUGGAUUAAAUAUGCCGUGGUUGACCCUAAUGUGUUUGCUGCAUAUUAUGAUGGUGUUUACUGGGAUCCACCUGCGGAAGAAAAAUAUGAGUUCAAGCAUGCUCGUCCACCAAAACCGGCAGCUCCACUCAUCUACGAAGCUCAUGUAGGGAUGAGCUCGAAAGAGCCUGUUGUAGCGUCCUACAGGCAGUUUGCAGACGAAGUUCUUCCUAGAAUUAAAGCGAAUAAUUACAACACUAUACAGCUAAUGGCAAUUAUGGAGCAUGCUUACUAUGGUUGCUUUGGGUAUCAUGUCACAAAUUUCUUUGCCGCCAGUAGCCGUUGUGGUACUCCCGAAGACCUGAAGUAUCUGAUUGACAAGGCACACUCCAUGGGGCUUCGGGUUUUGAUGGAUGUGGUCCACAGUCACGCUAGCACAAAUGCUGUCGACGGGUUGGCUGGGUAUGAUCUGGGUCAGUCUUCUCAGGAAUCGUAUUUCCACACUGGUGCUCGAGGAUAUCAUACGCUCUGGGAUAGUCGUCUAUUCAACUAUGGUUCUUGGGAAGUGCAGCGGUUUCUUCUGUCGAAUCUGCGGUGGUGGAUGGAUGAGUAUAAGUUCGAUGGCUUCCGCUUUGAUGGAGUCACUUCUAUGCUUUACCAUCACCACGGGCUGAACAUGUGCUUCACUGGAAACUACCACGAGUAUUUCAGUGAGGCCACUGAUGUCGAAGCAGUGAUGUAUUUAAUGCUCGCAAAUGAGCUUGUCCACAAGUUAUUACCCGAUGCUACAGUGAUUGCAGAAGAUGUAUCUGGCAUGCCUACCCUCUGCCGAUCCGUCGAAGAAGGAGGGGUUGGCUUUGACUAUCGUCUCGCUAUGGCUAUACCGGACAAAUGGAUUCAAUAUCUGAAAGAGAGGAAGGAUGAAGACUGGUCCAUGGGUGAUAUUGUUUAUACUCUAACCAACCGGAGAUACACAGAGCCAUGUGUUGGAUAUGCCGAGAGCCAUGAUCAGUCAAUGGUUGGAGACAAGACAUUUGCAUUUCUGUUGAUGGACAAGGAAAUGUAUUUUAGCAUGACAGCUACGCAACCAGCAAAUCUAAUUGUCGACCGUGGGAUUGCAUUGCAUAAGAUGAUUCACUUUAUUACCAUGGCUCUGGGUGGAGAAGGUUACUUGAAUUUUAUGGGCAAUGAGUUUGGUCAUCCAGAGUGGAUCGACUUUCCUAGACAAGGCAAUAAUUGGUCAUUUGACAAGUGCCGAAGGCGGUGGGACCUUGUGGACCAGGACCAUCUUCGAUAUAAGUUCAUGAAUAAUUUCAAUAGAGCAAUGAUAGCGCUUGAAGAAGAAUUUCAGUUCGUGAGUUCUCGAAAGCAGUAUAUCUCCUGUCAACAUGAAUAUGACAAGCUAAUUGUUUUUGAAAGAGGAGACCUGGUCUUCGUCUUUAACUUCCAUCCGACAAACACGUAUUCUGGGUUGAAGGUUGGCUGUGAGAUUCCUGGCAAAUAUCGAAUUUGCCUGGAUAGUGAUGCGGCUGAGUUUGGAGGUCAUAGUCGGGUGGAUCAUAAUGUUGAUCACUUCACUAGUCCCGAGGGUGAGCCAGGAAGGCCAGAGACUAACUACAACAACCGACCGCACUCCUUUAUGGUCAUGGCUCCAAGUCGAAGCUGUCAGGUAUACUACAAAGUACCGGAGUGAAUUGGAGAUAGACUUUGGAUCAUUAUUGCCUACUUUAUUACUGUACAAUACAUUCUGCCAUGUAUACUGAGGUAGGGAGCAUGCUUUUGGCGCUUCCUUCAAGGCCUCUUCCCUGCCUGUGGUUGACAAUUAUGGUUUAUCAGCCUUUUUAGAGCUGCAGCUACUUUUGACCAGCUUAUAUCUUACUUAGAACAACUCAACACAAGGUGUGUUGAGAUCCCUGCACUCUAUCCCCUUCUUUAGAUGGCAGCCAUUCGAGGAACCUAGUUGCGAGAUGUAAGGUCUUUACUGGUACUGGCUAACUCAAAGUUGAAGUGAAUUGGUAUGUAUCAUCAGAUCUUUAUCUAGAAUAGUGAUCGAGUGUUGAUAAUCAUGGCGUGCAGUCCUUGCUCAAAGACAAAUACUUUCCGUCUUAAAACUAACCUUCAAAUUUCCUUCAAUUCUAGGUGGUUUGGGAUUGUUCGAUACAUGAUGCGCUAUCACACAACGUAGUAAAUUGAGGUUUCCAAUCAAA